GCCUGACCUAAUGGCUUCCAAACCUCCCGCUUCUGUCCGGGAUUUCCCUGUCGGUCCGCCAGAGGUAUCGAGCUACGAACCAAGCAGCGAGGUCUUGAAGCGCGCCCUAUUGUCGUGCCCUUCAUCUCUAAUCGAGGGCUGCUUCGAUUGCCCUCCGCGAAUCAUCGCUUCACACCCGCAGUCAGACCUUCCUCGGGUAACCUGGAUAGACGUGGUAAUCUUCGCCCUGGAACACCCUUCGCGGUUCAACUUGUCGACAUGUAGCAACGGCCGUCGCGUUUACCAGUUCUACUACCCACAGAAGCAAGUGCGCUUUGAGAUUUUCGAAGAACAUCUUCUGGCCAUUUGGGACAUCAUAAUCCCAGAAAUCUCCUCGUGGUUCAAACCCACCACUUCUACUACACCAACCCCACUAGUGCAGUCUCCUCCGCCUCAGAGGUCAUAUGGACAGUAUAUACAUCUCGAGCCUGCAGCACUCGCUCCUGCCCACCAGCGUGCGGUCUACGGUUUCCAACCAUACGUACAAUUCGCCGAGCCAUUUGAUUCAAGAGCCCGCGAAGCCUUUCGCAGCAGUCAGCCUCAGGCGAACUCUUCCCGGCCUUCGCAAGCCCCAACACACGUCUACGUCGUACAGAGUCUUGAAGCCGAUCCCUACGGCACUCACGAACAGGACUUAUAUGGUAUCUACACUGGCUGCUCGACCGCAAACGCCGCAGCACACGCCUAUUCUAACAAGACAUCACCAUGGGGUAAAUUGACCAUUCCGGAGCAACCUGAGCCAGAGCACGAGGACCUGCAGGGUGGCAACUAUUGCGAUACGGAGGUCGAGUACGACGCAGGAUCAGACGAAGAAUCAGACAGCGGCUCAGACGAGAAUGUCUCUUACGACGGCUUGGAAGACACGCAGGGAAGCGUCCGCUUGCGCCAUGAUGGAGGUCUGCGAUUUGGUGGAUGCGAUGAAGAGGGCAAUAUCAAUGUUGUUUGGGUAGAGAGGAGGGAACUCAAUCCGUCUAUCAAU